AUACAGAAGGAGAUGGAUCAGGGGUUUGCACUAUCGAUAGCACUUGGGCAGCUGGGCGUGGUGGUGUCGUUAUUCAUCUCAAUGGGUACAGUGCAGGGGUUAAGCACGGAAUCAGGCGGGCUGAAAUGACAAAAAGAUACAAAUGCAAUCAAGAAGUAAUGGCUUGCGCUUGGUGAUCGUUUCUGCGGCUGCGGCUGCUGCUGCUGCUGCUGCUGAUAAUGGUGACACGAUGAUGAUCAUGCUUGUAAUGAACAAUGACUUGUAUAUAUAUCUCAAAGAAAAAAAAAAGAAGGGUAAGAGAAUGAGGGAAAGAAUGGAAGAGAAGAGAAAAAGAGGUGAUGGAAGAAGUUUUGACAAGAAUAUUAAGGGCGGGUGAUACGAGCCAUGAAGAGGGGACAAAGAAUGUAGAGAGACAAGAAACUGAGAAGAUGAAGGCAAAAGGGCUAGGGCUCUAAUCACAAUAGCAUUGA